ACUGCCUCAGCUUUGUGUUCACAUUGUUUUCCGAUCUAAAAGCGAAAGUGAAUUCAGAAUAAGCCUACGCCUUAAAGGUCGGAAGUACAGUUGACGGAUUGUAGACAGCGAUGGACGACGCAUAUCCUUAUACACUGAUCGUAGAGCUCGAAGAAAACAACGUUCCCAGACUGAAAAACAAACUGGUGAAAUAUUUCCAGAGUAAAAGACGGGCCGGCGGUGGUGAAUGUCAAAUUCAAUAUGAAGACAGAAGCAGGACCGCGGUGCUGCGUUUCAGAAGGGAGGAAGAUAGGGCGAGGGUUCUGGCUCAAGAGACUCAUGUGAUCGUCUUGGAAGAAGGGGUGAUAAAGGUCUCCGUUCAUUUGGCUGACAGAAGCUCUGAGAGAGAGCAGUUGACAACCGCUACCAACAACCAACAAAGCAACUCGGAUAGUCGUGCAUCUGAGGAGGAGACCCAGGUGGAGGCGGUGAGCAGGGUAGAGCAGACAGAAGAGUCGGCUUUGGGUUCCACCUCCGCUGUCUUAGAGAACGUUCCCCAGGACAUGAGCAAGGACAUCAUGGAGAUGUUGGUGGAAAACAUCUACUUCAAGUCACAGAUAACCACCCAACCUGAUUUCAGUUUGGAGAUGCUCUCCGACAUAUGCUCCGCUGUGAUUACUUUCUCAAGUACAAAAGAAAACAAUGAGUUCAUUACAAGCUGCCAGACAAACAGGACCUUCUUGAACAAGAAAUUAACUGUCAGAGCUCUGGAAGUCACAUCCCAAGUCAGAGUUGAGAAUUUGUCAAACAUCAGUGAAGAUGUCCUCCUGCUGUACUUUGAGAAUGAAGGUUGGGAGGUUGAACAGGUCACCCCCGAUGAAGAGGAACAGUCUGCUGUCAUCUCCUUCAAAAUGGACACAGCUGUUCAAGGGAUAAUCAAGAAGGAACAUGUGAUCGGGAUAACACCGAUCAAGGCUUUUCCAUUUUACGACUCCUUGGGAACGGUUCUUUAUGGCAAAGUCCGACCCAAACCAAAACUACCUGCUACCUUCUCUAAAAGCAUACAUUCCCCACUCUUGACGUACCUCCAUCAGCAGCAGGAAGCAGCAGAGAUGGUUUGUGGGCACUUGUCAGCACUCUUCUGCAAGGUAGACCUCCUACCCUCAUCUGUGAGUUUCAGCCCUCUUCCAGCACUGCUCGAGCAGAAAGAUGUUACACCCAAAGACAUCAAACAGUGGAAACAAUCAGUGGAGCAGGCCUUCACACAGGUCUUGUCCAGGUUCAAAACUCUGAGGCUUCAGCCUCCACCAUCAACAUGGGAAGAGUCUGAAGCGCAGAUCAAAGAGAUUGUUUUAGACAAGACCAUGGAAGUCAUCCCUGAGAAAGCUGAAGGUGCAUUGUCAGUGGUCGGCCUUGUGGACGAGGUGACCAGACUAGAGCCCACGUUGAAUGAGCUCAUGACCAGGAUUGAGAAAAGGGUGCAGAGGGAGAAUUCAAGUAUUACACAAGGAUUUGAGAUAUCCGAAGAAAUGUUUCACCUGCUUUGUCAGGACGGUCUUGCUGACCGGUUCAAAGAUAAUUACCCAGACCUAGAAAUGACAUAUGAAGACAAAUUGAUCUUAAAAGGUUUAAGUCAUGUGGUUUCAGAUGCAGCUAUUGUGGUAAUGGCACAAGUGCUUGCAGUACAAAAAAACCUCUUAGAUGGACCUACAGCUGAGGAGGAUAACCAGAUUGAGGCGGCUAGCAGGGAAGAGCAGACAGAACAGCCGGCUUUGGGUUCCACCUCAGCUGUCUUAGAGAACGUUCCCCAGGACAUGAGCAAGGAGUUCAUGGAGAUGUUGGUGGAAAACAUCCACAAAAACUACAAGUCACCGAUGACCAGCCAACCUGAAUUCAGUUUGGAGAUAAUCUCUGACACAUGCUCCGCUGUGGUUACUUUCUCAAGUGCAAAAGAAAAUAAUGAGUUCAUUACAAGCUGCGAGAAAAACAAGAUGUUCCUGAACAAGAAAUUAACUGUCAGACCUCUGGAAGUCACAUCCCAGCUUAAAGUUGAGGAUGUGUCCAACAUCAGUGAAGAUGUCCUCCUGCUGUACUUUGAGAAUGAAGGUUGGAAGGUUGAACAGUUCACACCAAAUGAAGAGGAACAGUCUGCUGUCAUCUCCUUCAAAAUGGAUACAGAUGUUGAAGGGAUAAUCAAGAGAAAACAUCAAAUUGGGAAGACAUAUCUCAAAGUUUUCCCAUUUUACAACUCCUUGGGAACGGCUCUUUAUGGCAAAGAAAGACCAAUACUUAACGUUUCUAAAUGUAUGAGAAAUACCAGAAAAAAUGACCAGCCCCUUCCAAGGCCCAUCUAUCAGAUUCAAACAUCUGAUGGCAUUGAUUUAGCUGUUUCUAAAGCUGAUCUAUGUAGCUACGCAGUAGAUGCAGUGGUUAUCAAUUCGAAUAAGGACUUGAAACUUGAUGGAGGUACUGGAGAAGCAAUUGUGGCGGCUGCUGGUUCUUCCUUGCAGGAAGAAUGUGAUAAAAUCCAUCUCCGGAGAGGGCAGCUGAAGCCAGGAGACAGUGUAAUUACUGGUGCAGGGGGUCGGCUUCAAUGCAAAAAAGUGAUCCAUGCGGUCACACCCCAGUAUGAUCCAUCUAACCACUUGAAGACAGUGGGGCAGCUGAGAAGAGCUGUUAAAGGAAGUCUAGAACUUGCUGAGAUGAAUGGCUGUCAAUCUCUGGCCAUCUCUGCCAUCAGUGCCAACAUGGGGUUCCCAAUAGACCUGUGUGCCGACACCAUCAUCAAAGUGAUGAAGGAACAUUGUGAAGACCAGUUUGGUCAAAACAACCUGAAGCAGAUCCAUUUUGUUAGCACAGAUGACCAUGCCAUUCAUGCUUUGGAGACAUCAGUGAGACACAAGUUUGGAAACCAAGGAAUUAUUUAUUCUCAGCAGAGUGUUACUGACAGACAGAGCUUAAAAUCAAUGGGAGGGUUUAUUCAAGCUGCUAGGCGUGUUCCCAAGCAAUCUCCAAUUCUGGAAAAGGACGAAAACACUCUCCAGCUACUGGACACCAAUGAGGAAUUGAGCAUUGAAUUGGUGGAAGGGAAUAUUCAAGAUGCUACGACCGAGGGGAUUGUGAAUGUUGUCGGUAGAGAGCUUGAUCUGAGAAGGGGAGCCGUUUCCAAGGCUAUCCUUGAAGCAGCAGGACCCAACCUUCAGCUGUUGGUCAGUGAACAUUGCCAAACAGGGAACUUUGGUGAUGUCAUUGUUACAAGUGCAUGUCAACUGAGAAGCAACAUGCUUUUCCAUGCAGUGGUUCCUCCUUGGGACAACAAGGGCAACGCUUGCAAGAUAAUGAGAGAGAUUGUUGAAGACUGCUUGAACAAGGCAGAGAACCGUGGUCUUGCCUCCAUAUCCUUCCCUGCAAUCGGCACUGGAAAACUGGGCUUUCCCAAAGACCUUGCAGCAUCUGUAAUGAUAGAAGAAGUCUUGGCGUUUAAGAAGCAGUCGAUGCGCUUGAAGAAGGUUGCCAUCGUUCUCCAUCCAAAAGACAGACAGACAAUCCAGGUUUUUAAUCAAGAAUUAGAGAAACGUCUCUCGACAGGAAGUUAAGUAAGCCAUCCACCCUUCUGCAGAUGAUUUGCUAACAGAGACAAUAAGGAAAGGAACAUGUAGUGAUGCCUAUUCUGAAAGAGGAAACCGGACAUUUAACUCUUUUUUUACUCAUUAACCAAUACAAGUAAGGGCACCUUCACAAACGUACAAUUUGGUCUGUUUAAUCAAAUCCUGAAUUGAACCCUGUUUUUAACAAUCUAAGAUCUAACAAUCUUAGAUUGUUAGAUAUUAUGGCGUUUAUAUAGUUAACUUAAUUUUCUAUCGUAAACAUUGCUCUUGCUGCUCUUAAAAUAUGAACAAUUUCUAAUAUAUAUAUAUUUAUAUGCACAAGUAAUCUGUAAAAAUGCACAAGUAAUGUGGUUUGGUGGGGUUGACUGGAGUUUAGGAGGGGGGGGGGGCGGGGUAAUGUACGUCAUUUAUUUUGCUUAAAAAAUUCUAAUAGAUAAGACUUUGUUUUGCUUAUUUGUUAAAGCCGCUUCAUUUUGAUGAAAAUUAUUUUAGUCUAAUGCUUCUUCUGAUGACAUGUUUCAAGCUAACAACAUUUUUGAAUGGUUUCUUCUCCACAUAAUGGAUUUCUUCUCCACGUAAUUUUCUGCUUGGCAGCAGAAAAAUGCCUACUUAAACAGAGUUUGUAUAGAAAAACGUAGCAUGAAUCAUAGGAAGGGGUCUUGGCGCCAUGCCUAUUUUCUUUUUUUUGGCCAUCACCAGUCUGCACCCCUGGGUACUCCUUCAUUUCAUCAUUGUGGACUCGCAUGGCAAAGUAGAAUUAUUAUUAUUAUUUCAAUUAUUGAAACAUAGCUGUAAGUACAAUUAUUUAAUCAUUCGAUUUUGAGAUGUGUACAAAUACACUUUAGCCAUUUCCUGAUUCAAGUAAUUUGAAAGUAUUUAGUGGAACCUUGUUAUAUUAUGUUAUCAGGUUGUCCGUCUCUUUCUUAUUAUGUGAACAGAUUUCUGAUAAAUCUAGUACUGUACUAAAAGGUUGGCCCUGUAUGAUGUGUUUUAAGCUUUGGUUAACAAGCCAACAACCUAAUUGAAAAGGGAUUUGUCUAUAUUGUAACUUUGAAUAGCCUAUUGUUUACGAUCAGUAAUGCCUAUAUUAUAAAGUCCAUAGGUAGACCCAUAUAAAGCAAGGUUGCUUCAUUCAGAUGGAAACAUUGGUAAUUACCAACUAUCUAUCCAUUCAUAUUCAUGAGCAAACUAUAACCUUUGCCAUUUCAAAAUCUUUUCAUAUUUUUUUAAAAAUACUAUAAAAUCGUAUUAAAGCUAUUUUUAAAUCUUGCGUUUAAUAUUGUUGAUCUCCCUCAUGUAUCGCCAUUUUAUUGUUUCUUGUUUUAUGAAUAAAGUUUGAUUGAUUUAAUACUCUGUGGAUAGAUAAAAAUAACUAGGGAAUAAGGAACUACUCAGUGAGAUACUUUAAAUAACACAGCAGCAGCACACUUUUUGUUUGCAUUGUAUUCAGAACAGUCAACUUGCAUCAUCACUAUUUUACAUUUAAAACAAAGCUGACAACAAAGGAAAGUAGCAAUCUACAGAGCAAACCAAACUGUUACAUAUAAAAUUAAAUAAAAAACAGAAUAACGUUAUUCAAAGGUGUAAAAAAUUAAAAUAAACAAUGACACAGUUUUUCUCAGAAUGAAAAGUGAGCAAGAGCACCUUUAGUGAAGAGCAGAGCAAGCCACAUGUGGAAUUAAAUAGCUGCACAUAGUGCUGCUGAUCCUCAGGUGUAUGUUGGGAUGUGCGUAGGCGUGGAGAGGAUUUAUUGUAAUCAGUGAUUCCAGUAGGGAUGUGGUGCAAGCAUUCCGGGAUGAAUUGUAUAACCAACAUUAACAACAAAAAGCACACCCCAUAAUAGCAAUAACUCGAGCAGCACAUUUAGGCAUGCUUCAUCUUAGCGCAAAUACAGUUUGUAUAGGUCAGCCAGACGGUCAGCCAGACGGUGGCCAUCCCACCAUCUGGGUUUUAUAAUAGUGUGGUGUUACACGGCUCUGCUGCACGACUGGCUAGCUCGCUGAACAAUGAGGACAAGAUGGCUGAAAAUUAACCAGGGAACCAGAUGUUAUUAUCCUAGAAUACCAGCAUUUAGCCAAACUAACUGGCUUACUCCCUAUCGUGUCUUUUCCCUUUUCCCCUCCCCUAUUCUGAACCUGGCCUAUCCAGCUGAAUCAGGGCACUCCUUCCACCCAGGAACUCCCCAUAAGUCUCUCUCAUUAAUAUAGUCCUGCAGGGUCGCUAUGUGGCUUCAUAUAUAUAUUCCUCAUCCCUGAGAAAGUGAAAAGUAUUGAAAGCCACCAGGCGGCCGCCAUUUCCCUCUGCGACCUCCUUAUUCCAUGAUUCCAGCUCUGGUAGGUGUCAUUGGUAAGGUUGGCUUCUGAUCCCACUGGAACGGCGCCAUCCCAUCCUGGUGCAGUACCACUGAGUGACCUCUGGGAGCCAGUUUGACGCGAUGCACAACCUCCCCCACUCUCACCAACGUAGCAGGUACCAAUCCAUGUACUGUCAGACUUACGGCAGCGGUGCUUCACUGUCUUGGCUCCAUACACUCAGGCAAGGUCCCUCAGCCAGAAAGUAGUCACCUUUGACAUGCGCCUUGCACUGCCUGUCAAUGCAACUUUGUGUAGAAAGGUGGUUAAUGUUGCGUUUAAAGUAUUUCAUGGUCAGGCCCCCAUUCCCGGUCCCUUGAAGAAUGUACAAACUAGACCGGGCCUCUCUGGAAACGCCUGCCCUGUACAAUCCGAUCAACAGUUGUUUUAAAAUCUUUCGGAAUAUCCACAUUUUUAGAUGGGGUUUUAAUGAAAUUAUUCAGUUUUUCCCCAAAAUAGAAAUAAAAUGUAUCUGUUUUCAUGCAGUAAUUGUAUAAUGUAUGUGACAUAUGUGUGUAUCUGUCCAAAUGUCCUUACAUUUUUCUUUCUGUAUUUAUUUUGUUCAAGCCCUUUGGAACAUUGCCUUUUGAAAAGGUUCUUUAGAAAUAGUUGUAAAUACUUAACAUCACUUGCUGUGCAGUGUAUCCAUGCGCUUAGGUUACUCUUUUGUACUUGUGGACAGACAUGAGUUAUUGUAUGUUAUAUCUUUCAAUGUGAAAGUAAUAAUUAUGGUAAGAAGAAUGAAAUUCAAUGCUGCAAUCAUAACCUUUCUAAGCUUCAAUGUGAGGCUUUCAGCAGUACCAUAGCUACCAGAUCAGACUGCUUUCAAUAGCUUUUUCUCAAGAUUUACCUUCUAGUCGGAAACUAGAACACCAAAAAGUACAGCCCAGGCAGUCCAAGAGAGCUUUAAUUAGGUUUCAGAGUUAGACAUCGUCAACAAGGUUUAGUCAGGCUAAGGAGAAGGUAGGGAUUGGGGAUUUUUCUCUAGUUUCUCAUGUUAACAGAUAGGAAUGGACCCAAAUGAUCAAAUCAAAUUUUAAUGAAUGGCAUGCAUGGCUCAUGCACAUUGAUAAAGCCUUGCAUGAGUUUAUAUCCUCCUGCUUACAAUAUCUGAUUAAUCACCCGACAUGAUUUUGUAGUAUGUAAAACAACCUUCACCUUUUUAACAUUCAGGCGACACUAACAUUAUAUUUAAGUGUUGACAUGGCUGUACACACAUCAUAGAGGUAAAGAGUUUCACGGUGAAAGAAAAAAAGACUGUGUGUAAAGAAUCGUAAUUUGGCGAUCUCAUGUCUUCUCCUAAUUGAAUGUUAUCAAAUAUUCCGGACAAGCGUGAGUGUCAUGGAAAAUGACAAACAUUUGAAUGUGGUUGAGAUGAUCGACAACACUGUCAUACUGCAAAGAGGAGGAGGGUUUUGUUGGCGGCACGACCAUGCCCCGAGUUCCCGUGGUAAAAUCUCCCGUCAGAACACGACACAGGUACACACACUUCUGCCCUUGAGCAUCCGGCUUAGAAUAAGUAUCCUGGGCAGAAUAAUUU